AUGUUACACCAAUAUUUAACCGCCACAACAGUGGUCAAAGCCAACAGGACGGCCACUUCACCAACCCAGUUCGGCUUUCUCAACGUCGUCGACAAUCCGUUGAUCUUUGGGCCUCUAAUAUCUUCCACGCCGGUGGGCCGAUCCCAGGGACUGAAAGCUUCAUCCUCCCUUGAGACAGUGAGCCUAUUUUGUGCCCUUAACUUUAUCUUCACAGAGGGAGAGUACAAUGGCAGCUCUCUAGCCGUACUGGGUCAGAACCCGUUGCGCCAUCCAGUCCGUGAGCAACCGAUCAUCGGUGGUUCUGGUGUUUUCCGUCUGGCUCGUGGAAUUGCUACGUUUGUGACCUAUUUCUUUGAUGUUCCUGCUAAUAAUGCUUCUGUGUGGACGUGA